CAGCUCAUCAUUCCAACACGAGUUCCUCUGGAUAACCAGAUUAGUAAAAUGCAGGCUUCAGCUUUCGUUUUCAUUGCGGUAGCCCUCGUGGGUGCCCAAGGGACUUGUGAUCCAGAAAUCAUCAACAAGAUCAAGACAUCCUGGAAUGGAAAUCCCCCAACCAACAUAAUCCAGAAGCUCACCGGAAAGAUUACUUGGCUAACGACUCCUUCAUAUUACUCAAACUAUUCAGAUGACAUCUCUUGCGCUCAGACUACAGUCGACUCAACUGGCGCAGCCAAGGACUUCGUGUACUUAGGAGACACAAACGCACCGAGCGAAACUGACUAUCAGUUACAAGAAAACGAAAAGGGAAUUCUUCAGUGGGAAGAUGAAUCUUCGGUACUCUCCAACAACAUGUAUGUAGUUUAUCAAACCGACAACGUAUUAGCAUAUUUCCAGUGUCAGUCUACGACUUCUGAUUCCUACGAACCAUACGCGGGAAUGGCAGCAGUCAACAUCAAAGAUGGGGACUUGGAUAGCUCUGAUGCACUGAAAGCCGAUCUACAAACAGGUUCGGAAGCUUUAAAUAAACUCGGACUGCGCCCACUGGAAGGACUUUACACAGAUUGCAAAUUCUAAGUAUCAUCCAAUUCUGCAAUAAUAUGUAAAAUUAUAAAAGAUUCAAGUAAAAUAUAUUUAGUUUCUGAACUAAA